AUGGCGGCGGCCGCCGGUGCGGGCGAGCGGGCUGGAGCCGAGCUGCCGGACGCCUGCCCCGGCGCGGACAGCGGGAACGUGUCCCAGAGCCAAAGCAGAGCCUCCGGCCUCGGGGAAGCGGAGGACGAGGACGCCUCGGAGGCGUCGCUCAGCGCCACCGCCGCCGCUUACUCCGCGUACCUGCUCGCCGACCGCAGCCUCUUCAGCGAGCAGAUAGAAAGCUUAGACAAGAGUCUAGAAGACUUACUGACCAGAGUGGAUGAAUUCGUGGGAAUGCUGGACAUGAUUCGCAGUGAUUCCUCUCAAGUUGUCAAUGAAAGUAUACCUCAAAUUUACACAAAAGCUACAGAAAUGAGGCAGAUAUAUAGGAAGAUUGACAAACUAGAGGCUUUUGUGAAAAUGAUUGGAAAUAGCGUAGCUGGACUGGAAGAACGGGUCAUUAAGGCAGAAACAGACCUUGGAGCUUUUCCGAGCACAUUCAGGAAAAUCUUGCACACGAUCAGCAUGCCAUCCUUCCUUAAUAAAUCGUCUUCCUCACGACAACAGCAGACCCUCUAUGAGCCUCCAGUCCUCUUCAAGACUGAAGACUAUUUUCCAUGUCUUAAUGAAGCACCUUAUUGAUGAUUUUUGCUUUGGGAUUGACAUGGAUCAGCUGGAAUAGAGAGAGCUAAGUGAACAAAAGGAAUGCCAACCUCAGAACAGCUGCAUUUUCUAAGCACUAUUGAUGGCACAUUGCCAUUCUGAUUCACAUUGUCUUCCUUCAGGCAAUAUUUUCAGGUAAUCUUUGUUUGUGCACAUUAUUUCAAAAGCCUUCCUAAAACACCACGUAAGUUUUCAGAUUAUUUGGGGGAAGGAAUUAAAGAAUAUUUUUGCAUCAUGUUUUUUUUUAAUACAGAAAUAAUAGGAAACAUACUAUUGUAUAUAAGUUUUUUAACACGUAAAUAUCUGUGCUGCUGCAAAUGUAAGUAGCUAUGCCACAAGGAUGGGGGUUUAUUUGUCUUUUUUCAUGAUGUGCUGAUUGAGGUGAAAGAAAAACUAUGCAUAAAAUCAUCUAUUCCAAGUUUUUAAGCCCGGUCCCUGCAGUUUGUACAGAGAAAUGCACUACACUGGGAUGUACUUGUUGCAUGGGCAGGAUGUGGAAGAUCAAGAAAUCAAGGACAUGGCUUAAUUCAUGUGAUGUAGUCCCAGUUCAGAAAGCAAACAUCCUGUUCCCAUUGAUGAUCCUCAGGUCACAAUGACCCAAGCUGUUAAUUGUUGCAUCAUUGUAUUGUUUGAUGUGUAACCAGGUGGGCAUGAAAUAGAUUUAUAUAUAAAGAGAGAUGUAUAGAUGUAUAAAACCUGCUGUCAAAAAGAAUGAGUAUCUAAAUUGAGGCAGGGAUGACUCUGGACUGAACCUGGAUCAGGAACCUGACCAGAUUGCUUUUCCUUCACAACUUUCUGUGGUUACUGAGGGCUCCCAUGCUGUUUGCAAUUUAUAUUAUCAAUAAACUAAUAGCUGGCUAA